AUGUUUGAUAAUCGAAAUCAAUAGCAGCCAACAAUGUUUGGUGUCUAAUAACAACAACAAUAACAAGUGUUUCCUCCUUAAUAUUAAGGAGUAGACACAUAUGCUUAGAGAAGUCCUCCAAAAGCAUAGGGGGGUUCUUUAGGUUUUUAAUAACAACCCUAAAGCAGCUACAUAUAGUAGACACCUCAAUAAGGCACAUAAACUGUGUAUGAACACAAAGUUAUUACUACUGGUUAGGUUUAAUCUCCAACAAUUCAUUAAAAUCCAGUGGCAUUUUAAUAAGUUUCGACAAUUAAAAGUAAAGGAUCUUAUUGUAUUGAUUGGUGUGUGUAUUUCAUUCCAAUCCUUUUCUUUGUGGCUAUAUUAUGCUUUAUGAGCAUGAUAAUAGCUCAAUAAAACAGAGAUUUUAAUCAGGAACCAAUUAACAAUGUCUUGAAAUCAUUUAGUCACAAUUAAGCAUUAACCCCAAUAGCUGAUAUAGUAGCUCCACAUACUGUAAGUUCAUCAAGUAUGCACAGCCAUUUCUAACACAAAGCAGUGACAGAAUUAUGUCCUGAAGGAUUCACUAUAUCAACUUUGGGAGAAUGGCCAGGAAUUAAUUCUGGAUGCAUUUGUGAUAAAUAAAUCAAGAAGGAAGGAUUUUGUUGGGCUAGAAGUGGAUGUGAUUCAAUAGACAGUCAAGAUUCUAAAUCAUUUUAAACUUGGAAUGGGGGAAGAAUCUGUCAGAAACUAACAGUAGGCUGGUCAAAAUUGAAUGGCAAUAGUUGUUCUGAAGGAUACAAGAAAUGUGGUAACGUUUGUGUUCCAACUGGCGGAGAUCUUACAAAGAGCUGCCCACUUUCAGAUUUGACAUUAUUAAGUUAUGAUCCAACCACAGAUUCAGAUCCCAUAUCAUUGAACACUUAAGUAGUGAAGAUUGGUGACAAAUGGUAUAGAAAAUCAUAUGAUGGAAUUCCAAUUGUCUAAUUUUAAAUUAUCCCUGGAAAUUCAGAAUAAAACAAGAAUUCAGCUCCAUGUUUCAAUGAUAUCACCACAACAGCCUUUGAGUCUUAAUAAUCAUAUCCAUUAUUGAAGAAGCCAGCAACUGGUUGUGAUGAUUUUGGUAACUUCUAAAAUGAAGCUGUUAAGAUUGAUACUCUCACAGCAAAGAAGGUUCACGACUAAAAUGGAAUAUUAUCAACACUCCAUGGAAUCCCAGGAUACUUGUCAUACGAGGUUGAAUCUGAUUCAUACACAUUGGAAGGUAUCAGAAGAAUAACAGUGAAUCCAACUUCUGAAUGCAGCACACUUUCACCAGGCGAUGUCAAUUAGAUUGUGGAGGACAGUGAAGAUAUCUACACAUACAGAAGAUGGUUCAGCAUCAUAAUCUUUUGGAUUUGUGUAGUCGGAAUAGUGUUGUUUGUUUAUCUUUAUUUAAUUAGAAGCAGAAAUUUCCAAAGUUUGAAUGUGUCAUAAAUAAAGUAACCAAAGAUUUUGAUUCUUGUUGCUGUCAUUGUAGCUAUAUUGUGCAUCGUAUUUGGAUCCCUCUAUUUCUAUAACUUGAGUGGUGAUGAUGGUUUGAGAAAUGUAGAUUCAAGAUUCAAGUCAUAAUUGGAUAAUGAGUGCUUCAAUGAUAAAGGAAUCAAAAAUGCUAUUUAACAAUUGCAUAAUUUCGCUUAUUCAUAAUAUUCUACUAUUGGCCUUUGGGUUACUUGGGCAUUUUGGCUGAGCAUAGCCUUCUUAGUAUUGUUGAUUAUCUUGAUUGUCGUUUAGAGAGGCUCACAUGGCAAUUUGUGCAUCAAUCCAUGGUAAUCCAAUUGGGUUUUUGGAUACAAUGAAUUUUAGUGA